GUUUUUGAGGCCCAAUUUCUCUUUUACGCUUUAAAUUUUAUUCAAAACCUGGUUAGGGUUUUGGGAAGAACGCAGAACAGAGAAAUCCAGUGUUUUCGCGGCGACACAGCACCGAAGCUUUCCCAAUGGCGAGAAUCAAGGUGUACGAGCUCAGGAACAAAUCGAAAGCAGAGCUUCUGAACCAAUUGCAGGAGCUGAAAGCGGAACUCGCUCUCCUCCGUGUCGCUAAGGUCACCGGCGGAGCCCCAAAUAAGCUCUCCAAAAUCAAAGUGGUUCGGCUUUCGAUUGCGCAGGUGUUGACGGUGAUUUCGCAGAAGCAAAAGGCUGCUUUGAGGGAAGCUUAUAAGAACAAGAAGUAUCUUCCUUUGGAUUUGCGUCCUAAGAAGACUAGAGCCAUCAGAAGGCGUCUCACGAAGCACCAGGCAUCUUUGAAGACAGAGCGUGAGAAGAAGAAGGAACUAUACUUCCCACUGAGAAAAUAUGCAGUUAAGGUGUAAUAUUGCCUCGAAGUUUGGAUGAUAUUUUGAUGUCAUCUUUUUGUUAUUUAACAUGGUUUUCCGAAAUAUUUUGGACUUCUCAUAUUCUAUUUUUGUUUCCUUUAAAAUUUAACCAAUCAUCAUGAAACUGAGUUAUAAACAAGCUUUGAAAGAGGUAUUCUUUUAUUUCAAUGGCACACCAUUUAUUUGUGA